AUGGAAGUUAGUCUUCUUGUUUCCCUCAUCACCAUCCUCAUCUCCUCCUUUUUUCUCCAACCAACAGCUCUCCAAAUCCCUCAAGAACCCAUCGGUUUAGCCGGCCCCGCGAUUCUACGGCCUUCUUCUUCGGCGGCCUCUUCGAAUCCUGCAACUCGCUCAGUCCUGCAAACUCCUCCUCUGGCCCCUGCGUUGUUCGUCAUAGGCGACUCCUCCGUCGACUGCGGGACCAACAAUUUCCUCCCGACCCUCGCCCGAGCCGACCGCCUUCCCUACGGCCGCGAUUUCGACACGCACCGCCCCACCGGCCGGUUCUCCAACGGAAGAAUCCCGGUUGAUUAUCUUGCACUUCGUCUUGGGCUUCCUUUUGUUCCAAGCCAUCUUGGGCAAUCUGGAAGUGUAGAAGAUAUGAUUCAUGGAGUGAAUUAUGCAUCUGCUGGAGCUGGAAUAAUCUUCACAAGUGGCUCAGAAUUGGGUCAACGCAUUUCCUUGACACAACAAAUUCAGCAGUUCACAGACACACAUCAGAAGUUCAUGCUGAGUAUGGGAGAGCAAGAUGCAGCUGAUCUAAUCUCUAGCUCAGUGUUUUAUAUCUCCAUUGGAAUCAAUGACUACAUACACUACUAUCUUCGAAAUGUUUCCGAUGUCCGGAAUCUCUAUCUACCAUGGGCUUUCAACCAGUUCUUGGCCUCUAUAAUGAGGCAGCAAAUCAAGAACUUGUAUAACUUAAAUGUGAGGAAAAUGGUUGUCAUGGGGCUGCCACCUAUAGGUUGUGCUCCUCACUACCUGUGGCAGUACAAAAGCAGCAGCGGUGAAUGCAUCGAAGAGAUUAACAACAUGGUAAUGGAGUUGAACUUCGUCAUGAGGUACACGAUCGAGCAGCUCGGUAGGAAGCUUCGGUAUUCGAGUAUAAUCUUCUGUGAUGUGUUUGAAGGUUCCAUGGAUAUACUAAAGAACCAUGAACGUUAUGGUUUCAAUGUCACUGCUGAUGCUUGUUGUGGAUUGGGAAAGUAUAGAGGUUGGAUUAUGUGUCUGGCACCAGAAAUGGCUUGUGGAAAUGCUUCUAAUCAUAUCUGGUGGGACCAGUUCCACCCUACCGACGCAGUCAACGAGAUUCUAGCUGAAAAUAUAUGGAACAGCCUGCACACAAAAAUGUGCUUUCCCAUGAACCUGAAGGAGAUGAUAACUAAGAAGAGGGCCUAA